AUGGGCGAGGACAUGCCCGUCGGCGCAACCGCACCAACACAGAGCCGCUCACGUCAUGGAAACGAGUCGGAAGAGACCGACAUCGAACAGACGCCGUCCUCGCUGCCCAAAGUCGACGAUGCACCACCGGACGGGGGAUAUGGCUGGGUCUGCGUGGCCUGUUGUUUCUUCAUCAAUGCACACACCUGGGGGAUCAAUUCCUCGUACGGCGUAUUCCUCUCCUACUACCUGAACAACGAGUAUUUUCCAAACACAUCCGCCCUGACCUAUGCCUUCAUUGGCGGUCUCUCGAUAUCUCAGGCCAUGUUGGUCGCACCACUGGCCACACGCAUCAUCCACCUCUUCGGCACAAGAGCGUGUCUUCUGCUUGGCGUCUUCUUCGAGACCCUCUCUCUCAUCGGCGCCAGCUUCUGCAAGGAAAAGUACCAGAUUAUCCUGGCCCAAGGAUUCUGCUUCGGCUGGGGAAUGGGCUUCCUCUUCGUCGGCUCCGUCGGCAUCAUGGCCCAGUGGUUCACCAAGAAACGAAGCCUUGCAAACGCCAUUGCUGCCGCUGGCUCGGGCUGUGGUGGUCUGAUGUACUCGCUCGUCACUCAGCGCAUCAUCGACAAGAACGGACUGCCCUGGGCGUUCCGCGUCCUCGGCAUCUGUGUCUUCGCGGUCAACUUGACAGCAGCGAACCUGAUCCGCGACCGCAACAAGCAGACCGGCUCGCGGCACAAAUCAUUCGAUCUGAGCUUACUGCGCAAGCCGGAAUUUCUGCUCCUGCAAGGCUGGUCCUGGUUCAGCAUGUUCGGAUACACCAUCCUCCUCUUCUCGCUGCCGGCCUACGGUCGGUCCAUCGGGCUCAGCGCACAGCAAAGUUCCGUCUUGGGUGCCGUCCUCAAUGCCGGCCAAAUGGUCGGUCGCCCCUUCAUCGGGCUCUCCUCGGACCGCUGGGGCCGCAUCAAUCUCGCCACCUGCCUCACCCUCCUCUGCGGCAUCCUGUGUUUCGCACUCUGGAUCCCCGCCGAGACGGUCUCCUCACCCAUGGGACUGCUGUGUUUUUUCGCCGUCGUCGGCGGAGCCACGGCCGGCGUGUACUGGGCGACCAUUGCGCCCGUCGCCGCCGAGGUGCUGGGCCUGCAAGACCUGCCCGCCGGACUGAGCUGGACGUGGCUCUUGAUCGUCCCGCCCACGACGACCGCCGAGGCCAUCGCCCUGGAACUGAGACGCAGGGACACGCUCAGCUGGAUCUACCUCCCGCCCCAGCUCUUCACGGCCUUCAUGUACGUCGGCGGCGCGGUGUGCUUGUGGGUAGUCCGAGGAUGGAAGGUCGGCGACAUGCAGUGGCAGGCCAAGAUGGCCCGAGAACGAGAGCAGCGACAGCAAAGGGCGUUGCUGGAUGAUGAGAAGCCCCCACUCUCGGCAAACGGGACGGUCCAGGGGUCGAGUCCCCCAGGAGGGGCGCACGACGCCGAAGAUGUAGACGAGGUGGAGAUGAGGAAGUUUCGCUCAAGGCAGAUCUGGCGGCCGCGGAAUCUGUUGAGAAACAUGACCUUGUGGACAGUCGUCUGA